AUGGUCGUUUUAUUCUUUCUCCUUGCUCUUAUUCCGAAAUAUCCGGCAUUUUUGCUUGGUCCCACUGCUGACUGUAAUUGUCCACAAACAACACCAAUAUGUCCUAUACCACCACCUUGUCCACUACCUUGUCCACCACUUCUUCCACAGAUUUGUCCUCCACAACCUCAAUGUCCUUCACAACUACCACCGCCACCACCACCACCACCUCCACCACCACCACCACCUCCACCACCGCCACCACCUCAGCCAUGCCCUCAACAGUCACUUUGUUUGCCUUGUCCACCACCAUUACCAUUACCACCUCUCUGUCCACCAAGUUUACCUCCUCUCCCGCUACCCUGUCCAGCACAACCACUUCCACAACCCUGUAAUUGUCUUUGCAAGCGCAAGAAGCGUUCCACACCAGUUGCUGCAGUUGCUAGCGAAUAUGGUACCAGUGGUCAAACUUUGUGCAAUAACAGUCGUAUUCGCAAAAUUAUCCUAAAGGUGAACAUACUAUCUCCACUACUUUAA